AUGGCUAUAGAUUACGCGGACUCUACAUCAACACCUGAAAAACUUACUUUGUUGGUCUUUAUCGCUGCUAUUGUCAUUGGCAAUCUCUGCGUUUAUAUCACUUAUUUGGUACGCGCGGAUGGCAAACAUUGGUCAAAUAUGUUUGUAUUAGGUAUGGCAUUUAUUGAUCUGUUUAUCGGUGGUUUUGUUCUUCCAAUGCGUUUCAUAAGUGCAUACGGAAAUCCUUUAACCGAUAAACUUUGUGCUGCACUAGCUGUCGGUGAAUCUUGUGCAAUCGCUGCUGUUAUCUAUACCAUUGCAUUUAUGAUUUACACUCGCUUAUACAAUUUAAAACAUCCAACAACGUAUAUUCAUCGGCGUUUCCUCGUUCUAUUACUAUUGGUAUCCUGGUUGGGUUUCUUUCUUUUUUAUGGAAUUCCGUUUAUAACAAAUUAUUCAAGUUAUCUGAUAAUAUUGGUAUCGACAACAUCGAAUGCCACAUCGUAUUGUACGACGUAUACAACAUCAAUUUACCAUCCCUUAUGGAUGGCUUAUACAGAAAUUGGAGCUAUUUAUGGUUUACCAUUAUUAGCGAUUGUCAUUGGAUUAAUUCUUUUGACGAAAGAAUUAUGUAAACGUCGACCGAGAAAACUCGAAGCACCAGAAAGGAAAAUGUACAACAAUGAACGAAAAAUGACUUGGCAUGUUUUCUUAAUCGGUGUGACAUUCUUGUGCCUUUGGUUUCCUUGGAUCAUAGUUCGGAUUGUGAUUAUCUUUUACAAUACGCAUAUAAUUCAAAGUACAUUACAAAUUACUUAUUAUAUUUUGAUUAUCAAAUGUGUCCUCUUUCCUCUUCUCUAUGCAUCGACAAAUGCAUCAUUCCGAGGAUCAUUCGCUAUUUAUCGUCAUCAAAGAAUUGUCCUGAACAAUCGUGUCUGGGCGGUACAUAAUCCCAAUCGACAAUUAACACAAUAUCACCGUGGAUAUUAA